AUGAAUUGCCGAGUAGAUAGAUCGGAUCCGGAUGCGGCUGUUGCUCCGCGGCGAUACGGACUCGACCCGCUCCUACCCACCCCGGGGUACCAUAGCAUGUCGGGAAUAAGGGGGGACAUACUGGACGUGUGGGAGCGAUCCUGGUUAGGGAAGGCUAAGACGGCGCCUCGCAUAUGGGUAGCAAGAGGGCGCUUAUGCCCCGACGGUGGGGCCUUCCGAGGAAGGGCCCGGCCCAAUAGGGACAUCACACCCCCACUUCAAGCGCACCUUUGUAUCGACCGAAUCACUCUAAGGGUCUAG